UGAUCCGUCGCCUACAGCCAGGUAGACUCCCUACCAGACACCAUGAAACCAUUCUUCCUCAUUUCGCUGCUGGUCACGGUCUUCAUGAGCCUCAUGUUGGCCACCACCGCUCAACCCAGCCUUCCACUCAACAACCGGCGGGAACUUGCUGAGCAUCCCCCAGUCAAGGGUAACCCCCCAAACACCGGCUAUGCACUAGACUGGUGCAAAUACACAGCCGGAAUGCUAUUUCAGUGGGAUCUCCCGACGUUUAUCAAGCAUCGCGAGGCAAACUUCAGCCUCGGACGGCUGACGUGGGACUGGUCGUCGGAUGGGUGUACCCACGUCCCGGACAAUCCGGUUGGCUUCCCAUUCAAGCCGGCGUGCCAGCGUCACGACUUUGGAUACCGGAACUACCAGGUCCAAUUCCAUUUUACCCCGCGUGCUAGAUGGAAGAUUGACGAGAAUUUCCUCAAAGACAUGAAAUUCCAGUGCAUAGGGCACAACAUCUUCAAUGCCUGCCACUUCAUGGCACAUGUUUAUCAUUGGGGAGUCCGAACCUUCUAUAAAGGCCAUGAGCAAUACCGUGAGAGUGAGCCGUCUCACAAGAUGAUGGACACGAUGGUCGCUUCUGAAUCGUCGGACGUGUUUGAUGGGAUGGACGCCGAUGAAGCGAGGGACGCUCUCAAUCCAUAUCUUUCUGAAGAGAAGACCAAAGAGUACUACGAUCGUGCCCUAGCGCGUUACAACAAGUGUGUUGAGGAAGCCAUGGCGCAAGGCAUUGACCUUCAGAAAUACUGGGCCGCUUUUUAGAGGUUAUCAUGGAUCAAGACAAGGUACUUUGGGGCUUUGUAAAGCGCAGAUGGACUCGCAUACUUGGGUGAUCUUUUGGCUUUCAAUAGAUAUCACGGUGGAAGAUCAUGUUUCCAUGUAUAGUGUUAAAGCAUAUCGCUUCCAUCAGCGUUAUCGAAGGCUUAUUAAGGGUAUCCGUUCCCUCCAGUCAUGUAUACAAACUCGUGAACCUUACGUUCACUCCUUUCUUCCUUCUCUUCUUUACACUCAAUCAAGGAUCUUUGCCAUC